GUAACACACAUGACAUUCCUGAAAUCGAGAAAUAAUUUUUAUUUAUUUCAAAAAACAUUUACAAAAGAAAAAAAAUGAUUUUAGAAGACCAACUUUCAACCAAAUACAUUAAAAUCAUCACAGCUGUAACUGCAUAUUGGAUAAUAUCUAUUCUAACAGUAUUUGUAAAUAAAAAUCUUUUAUCAAGUAAACAAGUAAAUCUGGAUGCUCCGAUGUUUAUAACGUGGUUCCAAUGCGCUGUUACGAUGUUUAUAUGUUUUUCGUUGAGUAAACUUGCAAAAUCUUACCCGAAAGUAAUAUCAUUUCCUGAUGGUAAUCCUUAUACUAUUAAUAAUUUCAAAAAAGUAUUGCCUCUUUCCAUUUUAUUCACUUUGAUGGUAGCUAGUAAUAAUUUAUGUUUAAAAUAUGUUGACGUCGCCUUCUAUUAUAUUGGAAGAUCCUUAACAACUGUCUUUAAUGUUAUAUUCACUUAUUUAAUACUCGGAAACAAGACAUCUCUACGUUGCAUUAUUUGUUGUGCAGUCAUAAUAAGUGGAUUCUGGUUAGGAGUAGAUCAAGAAAAUAUUGCCGGAUCUUUGUCUGUUCUCGGGACAUUUUUUGGGGUAUUAGGUUCAUUGAGCUUGUCGUUAUACUCCAUUUAUACAAAAAAAAUUCUUCCGUUUGUUAAUGAUGAAAUUUGGCUAUUAUCAUAUUACAAUAAUGCAUACAGCAUUUUUCUGUUUAUUCCUUUAAUACUUAUAAAUGGUGAAUAUCAGAUCAUUUUAAAUUAUAAUAAAUUUAAUGAUCUUUAUUUUUGGUUUAUCAUGGUUAGUGGAGGAGUUUGUGGUUUUGCAAUUGGAUAUGUAAGUGCUUUACAAAUACAAGUGACUUCACCAUUAACUCAUAAUAUUAGUGGAACAGCCAAAGCGUGUGCACAAACUGUUUUAGCAUCAUACUGGUAUAAUGAAAGAAAGCCAUUUUUGUGGUGGAUUAGUAAUUUUGCUGUGCUAGGAGCGUCUGCAAUGUAUGCAAGGUUUAAGCAACUUGAUUUAAAAAAAGCUUUUAAAGCCGAAAAAUUUAUAAGAAUUGAAAAAAAUUAAUGUUAAUUCAGACUACCAUUGAUGAUUAUUGAUUAGCGCUUAAACUAUAUUAUACGAAACAAAAGUCAAUUUAAUAUUAAUCUUUAUUCAGAAAUUUGCGGAAUAAAACUUUUAGAGAUACUUUUAGUAUUCUAUUCGUAUGUUUAUAACCAAAAAUCAUUGUUCAUUAAAUAGAGUUGUUUAACUGUAAAUAAAAGGCUUUUUAAAUUAUAUUUUUAAUGUUA